CUGAGUCAGUGACAACAAGGGAAGACUCACUUGGUAAACUUUUAACCAUUUUAUCCUUUAAUUUACCUUUUCCCGCACUGACUACAAAGAUAACACAAGCCAAUGGACCACAGUUGCAUUUACCUAUGUGUAUGUGGAGUGAAAUAAGACAAGGAGUGAGAAAUAAUGUAAUAAAUAAGAAAGGACGCUGUGGGGGAAUGACCGGGAGGUGAGACCAAAUAAUCGGAGGGCAAAACUAUCUGUCACCACCUUAUUAAAGACCUCAUUCCUUCACCAUGUAGACCAGUGACACCCUCGUAAGAUGGUCAAGAGGAAGAGGACUCUCAGUAUUAAGGAGAACAGCGACAGUGUCAACCAAUCCAGCGAUGCGGACCAAAUAAAUGAAUACCCCAAGCGGCUGAAGACCCAUGGGAGUCCCUGGAGACCUGAGGAAGAUCUAGGAGGAGAGGAGGCGGCCCAGUGUGACCACAGCCCACUAGGGUCCCCGACAUCUCCCUCCACCACACAAGGGACAGUGCCAGAGAAGACAAUAGUUCCUGCAAGUAUCUCACAACCACUGCCAGACGUGCCUUUACCCACACCACCACCGGUUGUUACACAGACGCGACCGACGCCACAACUACGUACAAGUGCCAGAGUGCUUAACAAACAGCGCCGGGAGGAAAUCAAAGCGGAUCCCGGUCUCUCUUCCUCGCUGCUCAACAAGAAGUCGGAAUCUGCAGGGUUGGAUGGAGAAUAUGCUGAGGAGGAGGAUGCCCUUGGCGGAGGCAUCGGGAAGAAGAGAAGACGCCCCUGGGAACUGUGGUCGAUGGAGGAUAAGAACAUAUUUUUUGAAUCUAUAAAUGAAUGUGGGAAAGAUUUUGAGGCUAUACAGAAUUACUUGACGACCAAGUUACGGAAGAAAGGCGCUCCCUGCUGCCAGAUAAAGAACAAGGACCAGGUACGACACUUCUACUACCGCACCUGGCACAAGAUCUCAAAACACAUAACGUUCAAUGAAGGUGUGAAGAAGGCGACACAGGAACUGUAUGGGUUAAUUAAUUACGGGGAAUUGCGUAAGAAGAUUGGCGGUACGUUGGACGAGCGCAAAGCCCAGAAACUGCAGGAGCUGAUUAGGAAAGGUUCCACGAGUGUGAGGGUGAAGGGGAAGAGCGUCCGGGUCAGAACACCAAUUUGCCGAGCGUUGAAGAAACUGAACCAGAUCGAAGAAAACCGAGAGAAUGCAGUGUUGCGGGUACCAACGAGCAUCACGGUGGAGGUGGUCCCCGCGAGCGUCCACGCCUGGUGCCGGGUACAGGGCCUCGCUCAUAACCCUCGUGUCAGGGUCACUCUGCCACUACAGCGCCCCCUGGCAACCUUGAUCUCUCACUUGCAAGAAAAAUGGCGCAGCUCAAACUUAAAACUCCGUGACACACUCAGUUCUCGAGUCACGUUUCCCCUGGACCUGCAGACAGUGAACGAGCCAGUGCUUCGACUAACACCUGCCAAAGGUUACUUCGUUAAACCCAUAAAUGUCCAGCCUGAGGUCCUCCUGAAGAGCUCCUGUGUAUCUCUGUCAAGUCACGAAGCAAGACUGAGACGUCGGGGGGAGAAGUUGGGGAGGAGCAGCAAGAGAAAGGAAAACAAACAACAACAGGAGAAGGAAACGGAGGAGAGAGAAGGUGCUACGAGAGACUCAGAGGGGAGAGCUGGGGUGCUGGGGGGCGACGCAGAGAGAACUGACCCGGGUGGUGUGGGAGACGCUGACGGGAAAUGUCGGGAAGUGGAGGUUCUCGGCGGGGAGUUGGAGGACUUUGGGGAGGUGUCUCAGGAGGAACAUGAGGACUGUAGUGAUGGAGAGGUCGGCUGUCUUAACUCUCCUGACGGGGAUUCAGACGACUUGAUCAGAUUUUCACCAGAUAAGAAUCCCAACGCUUCCACCAUCCCCUUCAUUACCCAAGUGAAGGAGGAACCAAUAGACUCGGACGAAGUGAUGACCUCGACCAGAGAAGAUCUAGACCCAGAUAUUAAAGUGAAGGAGGAGUCGGAAGGUGAAUCUGGUGACACGCUGCGACAGUUGCUGGCGCUGGAGACGGUUGCCAGCGCCAGGGUCAUGGACGAUGAUGCCGAGGUGAUUUGUACUGGUGAGAGCACGAGACUCACCGCACACGUCGCAGAUGCACACAGAGGAUCAGCGUCUGCCAACCAGGUUGCAGCUGCGGAAGAGGAACGGGGACUCGCCACAUCUCCUGAACCCGAGGAGGAGGAGAGAAACCCCGGCACUGAACCAGAAGAAGGCACUGAACAGGACAUAGAGGCAAAGCUGCAGAAAAUCCGUGACGGCUUGACUAUAAACUCAGUGGGAGGGAUUACCAUUGGUGAAUUGUACCUGAUAUUUGGUCAAAACAAAAAAAUAUGCCUUGAAUAUGAAUUUGAAGAUCAAGUAAGUAAAGCUAAUGAAGAUGGUCAAGUAUUUAAUGGCAGCAGCAAUGUCUUGUCCAGUGAGAGAAAUGGUGUUUUAAGUCCCUCAAGAAUGGGUGGUGUAUCGACCUCCACUGAUCACUUAGCGACCAAGACAGUGAGUGACACAAGUGUACCUGACGUCCCUGGUGCUGGGAUGGCCGCCAACUUGGUUCUAGAAAAAGACAGACAAAGUCAGAUAAAGAAGAAAGACUCUGUGAAGGUAACAGAGGCAGAAGUAGACCAGGGAGGAAUAAUUUCUGACUCAAAUCUGACAGAGAAAAAAUGUUCAGCUGUGGAGAACCUGUCAGGUAUGUUGGCCCAGUUGAUGACCAUGACCAGAAUGAUACUGGCCAAGUCUUCAACAGACACUUGCUUAUGUGGCCAUAUUUGUGGCCGACCUGGAAAUACAUUGCGUAGCCCAACCAGCGGGCGUUGCCAGGGAACCCUGGGCAUUGGACGAAGUCCCGGGAAUACCCGCAGCCCGCGUACCGGGAAGGUCACAGUGCCGGGUGGCGGUCAAAGUCCACGUACUGGAAGAUUAACAGCGGCUGGUUGUCUCAGUCCUGGCAUUAACAGCCCGGGAUCCCUCCAGAGUGUAGCAUCAGCUGGGCGGAGUCCACUAGCUAACAAGUUGGCCAGGGAACGUUCUAAACCAGCCUCGGCAAAACGAUUAAUCCCUGAACAUCCGGAAUCAUCUUUAUCGCUGAUGAACGGCAGGCUGGGUGACUUGAGUACCGGCACCCUCAGUGGUGGACUAGAAGUGUCCUUCCUCACCCCGGUGUCUUCCACCGGAACCAACGCUACAACCACCACAUCUAUCAGUCAGGAUGUCUGUGGCCAACUUCCAGUGAACGUCGUUGCCACGGGAUCCCCGACACCGGUAACGGGACUGAGGGUCGUUCUUGGGACUGGAGCAGAAGCCGGAGAGUUCAAGGUUCCCAAUGGUCCGGCUCCUCGCCAGGCCCACGCCCAGCAGGCCAGCUUCAACGCCCAACUAAGUAAACUCCUACCACGGUACAACAACAGACCAGGAAGACGAGUGGUGAGGAAGAACGUGGUGGUCCAGCGUCAGUUGCCUCUACUGCCCAAGACUGUGAUACAGACCCCGGGUGUUGUCACAAUGAAGGUCCUGCAGAAUCCUACCCAAGAUAAGAUGAAAACUUUAGAGGUUGGUGGAAGUAGUGGGUUCAUCCCCAUCACCAUUGCUCCAUCUUCCCAUGGUGGAGGCACAGCAUCAGGCACCUUCAACAUGGCAAGAACUCAGCCCCUGGCCUCCUCCACACACUCUUCAUCUACACAUUCAGUUAGGAACUCAUUCAUCCAAUCAAUCCAGUCCUCUGUCAACCAAAAUGUCAUUGCCUCACCCGUUCAGUUAUCUGUUGUACCACAGCUGCAGCAGACGGCACCACCACCCAUUACACCACUUCCUUCAGCAGCCAAUGCCAUCUCAGUCAAUAUAUCGGGUCAACCGCUCCUUACUGUGGAAAUGCCCACCUCGGUUCCCGCACCGCCUCUAACCACAGAAUUGCCGAACAAACUCGUACCAGAUCUCUCGGAUGUUGUUAACUCUUCUAAUACAAUAAAAAUUAGUGCUUGUGAUACUUCUACUCUGGUGAAAAACACUCCUUCAGAUAAUAGUUUGUUAAGUUCCAUGGUCUCACAGGUUCUGAGUGAACUACCUGAUCUUAGCACACCACCGGGAACACCUCAGCCAUGCCACUCCAGGAGGUCCCCAAAUGGCAAUGGAAUGGCCAGUUUUGUAAGGAACUUGGAAGGUGGUUGUUCAUCUAGUACAUCAAUAAGUGUUUCUUGUUCACAGUUACCAUCCCCAUUGCACUUCAACUCCACCCUCUCAAUAGAAUCCAUACCUAGUCUCGGCGGCAGCAUGCUGAACAAUAACUCGCAAGUCACCUCUUUACCACCGUCACUAUCCUCUUCGUUGCCGCCGUGUUUGUCACCCCCAUCAUCGUCACCCACUCCGUGCGUCUCAUCGUCACUCUCGCCCAUCUCCACGCUGCUCACCCCCGCCAGUACACGUCACCUGGAGCUAUCUCCUCCUCCGUCACAGACCAAUGCUUUCACCUCGCUCCUCAACACACCAACAUCCCAAUCCAGCAGGAGCAUCACCUCCACGCCAGUCCACGAUAGAUCCCCGACAACACCUUCUAUUUCUGCACUACUGUCAUCUCCACCUGACCUCAGUAAAAGCUUCUCAAAUAUUCUAGCUUCUAGUGACCAAGGACAUCACCCAACAGUCACGGUAUCCACAGCUAAUGUCCCAGAGCUGCACAUUCCAGAAGGAAGUGUCGGUCUACCUCUACUAGACAUUUCUCUUGGAGGCACAGUCACUCUAGCAGACCAUACACCAGAUCUUCUGAGACCUGGAUGUCACACGGGGCUGGGAGUUAACCUCGUGUCCUGUGCACCAGUUACCACCGUCACUUCAGCGUCUGCCGCGUCAUUGUCUGCUACAGCCACCAUGAUCGGUGUGAACCCUGUGCAGGAGACCAGUAGUGACAAACUGUUAGACAUUACACUCGGGAUUUCCAAUUCCAACUCAAGCUUUUCCAGUUUACUCGCUGCUGCCACUCAGCCUCGUUGCCUUGACUCCUCGCUCUUAGAAAUAUCCUCCAUAGAGGGUGACGGUUGUAGUAUUGGCGGAGACAACGCCACCACCAUAGUGAACGGCACUGACGUGGGCAACGUGUCUGUUGUGGGAAUAUCUGGCUUUCCUGCGUUAUCCACCACGCCUCCCUCUCCACCAUCUUCCCCUUCACGUCUUCUUCAGCAGUCAGAUAACCAGUGGCUUAACAGUGAAGUUAAUGACUUUUCUCUCUCCAGUUUUCUCGGCCACUUUGAGUCGCCAGUGAAAAGCUCAAAUUCACGUGGGUCUUCUCAAGCCGCGCCUUCGGGCCCCUUUAUGCCCAGCCUUAGCUCGGUCUACAAUGAAAACAGUGUUGACUUUACUGCAACAUUUGCAGAGAUGAAAGCACAGGUGUCUGGGGUCUUUAAGCAGUAAUAUAUGUGAUGAAACUUUUCAUUGUGGUAAUAUGAAGGGGAUACUUUAUGGGUGUGACUGGUUUGUGUGUGUUUGUGUAAAUGCACAAAUUGAUGAACAGUGAGAAUGUCCACAUUGAUGUACAUGUGCAUGUUUGCUGUGUGCAUAUGUGAAUUAACCUGUUUUUAAAAAAUUAUGCUUUUAAGUUUAUGUGAAAUAUUGUUUUUGGUUUAAUGCAAAUCAAUUUAUUAUUUUAUGAAAUGGAAAUAUUGUUAAUCUUAUUAGACUAGCUCUCAGGGGCAAUAUGAGGAUAUAACAAAAUUAAAGAUUAGUUUCAUGUAGUACAGUAAAACAUCAAUUAUUCGGACACAUCGGUGCUUUAGAAAUUCAGAAAAGUCGGUCUCUGUUGUGUAUGAAUUAGAUAACUUUAAAACAUAUAUAUAUAUAUUCAGAAUUUGUUAUCAUUUCAUUCUGAUUUAACAGUCCCAUCAUGACAACCCAGUGGCUCAUUUGGAAAAUUUUUUGGGAAGGCAAAUGGUCCUGAGUGAUCACCCUAUAUGUACUUUACUCACACACUGUCGUGUUGCGUCAAGCAUGGGGAUGUUGCGUGGGUCACAUGGUCCACUUGGGUGAGAAUGUGAGGCAUGUGAUGGGUAUAUGUAUGGGGGUGUGUCACUCGGUUCACUCUUGUGCCUCACUUUGUGCACAUCUCACUUUCAUGUUCACUAUUAUGUUUAGUGCUUGUGGUCUGUACCAAUGACAGUGAUAUAGUCAGGCCACAAACAAGACCAUUCAUAAUUUUAGUCUUUAUUAACCACCUGAAGAUCAGCCCCAACUCCUAGAUAGUUUCAGGAUAAUAAAACUUCAGUCUAGGUAAGCUUGGGGGCAAAACUUCAGAUUACUUAUGGGGGCUAAUGUUCAGGUGAUCCACAAAGCUUGUCUACAUCACUGGUUUAUGGUGGUGUUAGGAGCUAGGUAUACAAGCACAGUAUUACACAAAAAAAAAGGAACAAUCAUGGAAUGUUCUGAUCUUGGUGACAGAAACUACAGCAAGAUUAUGGUAUGGAGACAAACAGACAAACACUAUACCAUUAUCAAGAACAAAGGGAAGAAAAUUUGCUAGUCAAUGGGAAACGGAGCUGCCCGAGUGAGGGAAAAUAUGAGAUGACACAAGAGGGAACUUGUCGGAGAAUACAACUUCAGUCCAGAAAAUAACACAAAGGACGUUAGGUAUUAUUACAUUACAUUGGUCUUUCAUUGUCAAGUAUUAUUUUAACACUAUAUAUUUGGAUUUUCUUUCAUCUAAAAUGUAUAUAAAGUAUUUGACUAAGAAUGGUAUUAUAAUAGUUUGUGAAGUAUUAAAGGAAUGUUUAGUUAGAUGAAGUUUUAUACUGUAUGUAGGGAAAAUAGAAUUGGGGAGGGGGAUGAUCGCAUUUUUCAGGUCCCCCUCUCGAUUAGUCCGAAUUAUUGAUGUUAUACUGUUGUCUUGUGUAAUCCCUUGCAUACAGUGGACGAGAGAUUAAUGUAGGGGGAUUAUAUUCUCGUAAAUUUGCACAAAUUGAUCGUAACUUCUGAUGAGAGUGAUUGGGGUGUGUUCCAGGAUCUCAGAAUUAUGUUACUACCGUCGGAAUUUCAAGUUUUUGUUAAGGAAGAUGUUGGUGAAUACUUUUGAAAGUUUUUAAGUGAUCGGUUACUUUCUUCUCUUGUCUUGAUGCCAUUUUUUUAGGUAGUUGAAGUAAGGCAAUCACACACACACUCACUCAGGGAUGCUGGGGUACUGGCAACACACCACAUCACCACCACCAGUGAAAUAAAGACAUUGUUUCUCAUUCAAUAUUCAUACUUUUUUCUUUUUCGAUGGAUGAAAUUUUGCUCGUAAUUACUGUACUACUGUACGUUUAUCUGAUGAUAUAUAGCACCAGAACAUGCAUUACACAGAGUGGAAGCCACACUCCUGAAAUUCUUGGUUUUAAAAUAUGUGAUGCGCCGUAUAGAAUCCACGGAAAUGUAAUGUGUAAUAAAUUGAGGGUUUGGCCUCUGUGUAUUAAAGCCGCUAGCCUGCUUGAUUUAGUAGUAAUUCAGGUCGGGUAAAUACUGGAUGCACGGGCCUGAUGCCUUCGUCCAGAACAGUUAUAGCAAAAUGGAAUAGAUUUUUUAAGCUUGUAUAUGAGGGUAUUGUACUGCACUGUAUAUAAAAAAAAGGGAUAAAAUUCAUUAAAUUUUGUAAGAAAAAUAAACUAGAAUUAUUUUGCAACAAAAUUAGUUCCUAGGUGGAGCAAAGCAAGAAUCUCAAGUAUUUAUCAGGUUACGAGGUUUGAGGUCACGUGAGACUGUUGGCAAAUUGCGACUACAAAUCUGUAUUGAAAAUUUGGGUUAGCUUAAGUUGGUGGAUCAUGACUAGUGUGUGUGUGUGUGUGUCAGAAACUGGAGAAAUGUGU